AUGUAUCUUCCUCGGAGCCUCAUUUCCCACCUCUAUCAACAGCUGCUCAGGUCGCACCACCCAUUAUCUCCUCCGGUCCUGAUACUCGUGGCGUUGGAACCAGACGCUCUAUGUGCAUGCAGAAUCCUCACGGCACUGCUAAAACGAGACUAUAUACCUCACAAGAUACAGCCCAUUGCCGGAUAUGGCGACCUGUCUCAGGCUGGCACGGAACUCGUGCACCCAAUGCAUACAUCAAACGGCGGUAGCGGAGGGGUUGUGGUGUGUUUAGGCGUGGGUGGGCUGGUUGACUUGAGCGAGACGCUUGGCCUGGAUGCGAAUAAGGAUGAGCCCGGGGAUAUGGGAGGAAUCGAAGUCUGGGUCAUCGACGCGCGAAGACCGUGGAAUUUGACAAACGUCUUUGGGGGGAUGGGCGAGCCAGCUACGCCGAGAGGACCCGAUACCCAGGUUAGGACCAGUGUUGAUGGGGUAGACCGGGGCCGAUUGACGGACACGUAUAGGCCAGGCAAGGGAGGUAUUAUAGCUUUCGAUGAUGGUGACAUUGACGAGGAGCUUGCAUUGGAACGGGAGGCGUACUAUACUCUCGAGGGUCUUCCUGAUAUUGGUGAGGAUGACAGCGACGACGAUGAUGAUAGCGGAUCAGAAAGGGAAGUCCAAACCCAGAGUAAGAAGAGGAAAUCAUGGUCAGAUCGGUACGACGGUGAUAUUGCUGCAUCUGACGACGAGGAUGGCCGUCCAGCUCAACGGCGGCGAAGCAAUUCUGGGUCCUCAAUUGCCUCUCCAUUUAGAUUAAGAGAAGGAAGGCAUGACUCCUCUCAAUCGUCUCGAUCGGUCACUCCAGCCUCCGAUGUUCCAUCUCCCAUUAUACAAAAAGAACCUUCAACACGCACACUGCGAAAACGCUUAAUCCGGCUUAAACGAAAGCAUGAAUCUGUUCUUCAAGCUUACUAUUCCCUCGGCACAUCUUACUCAGAACCCAUUUCGUCCCUGCUAUACUCUCUCGCGUCUGAACUCGGCCGUGACGAUAAUGACUUGCUAUGGCUUGCAAUUGUCGGAGUUUCGAGUCUGGAGCUUUCUGGGCGUACAAUGUCAGGCGUGGGAAUAUCAGAUGCUUCUGAAUCGGGAGGCUCUGCUGGAUGGGGAGGGCAACGAGGAGAGCGCAUCCGACAAAUCUUACGUGACGAAGUUCGGCGUCUAAACCCACCAGACGACGGCGAGGCUGGGCGGGAGGCCAUGAGAAGCGAGGUUAAUGGGGUCAUACCUACCAACGCCCGGUCUCCUACGGACACCUCUAUCCUUUUGUCUCCAGAGCCGCGUCUUUUAUUAUUACGGCAUUGGUCACUCUAUGACAGCAUGCUACAUAGCCCCUAUCUUGCCCCUAGGUUACACGUCUGGAACGAGACGGGGCGAAAGCGGGUGCGGAAGCUCCUGGCCAAAAUGGGCGUCAGUUUGAGCCAGUGCCAACAGAAUUAUACCCAUAUGGAUAUGGAUCUCAAACGUGAUUUACGCCAGAAGAUGCUUCAAUAUGCUCCGAUGUACGGUAUGGAAGGGCUGGUCCCUCCUGCAUCCUCUGGUGGGUACUCGGGAUCGCGAGAGGGAUGGGGCUUUGCUCGUUGCUGGGGAUGGAAGGCCUGCCUGUCUGCCACGGAUAUUGGCGUAAUAGUAGGGUCUAUACUCGAGGUGGGCUCACUGGGCCCGUCUACUACCGUUUCACAGGCCUUCUCUUCUCACUCCAACACAAACCUAUCUAGUGCUACCCAGGCCAAGCUGGGAGCAGAUAGCGCCAACGUACUCUCCCGGUUCUGGAGUGCAUAUGACGCUCUGGCGCCUACUUCAGAUUCACCCACCCAACUACUGGCAUCAAUCCCUCUAGCCCAACAUCUCCACCGAGCAAUUUUACGCACGGGGACUGCUCUUCUCUCAAAACAUCAGAUACGUCAUCUUCGCGCUUUCCGUAUUGCAGUCGUUAAGGAGGGACCCGAUGUGAAGCUCUUUACAAACCCAGGCGCAUUAACAAAACUAGCACUGUGGAUCGGUGAGGCUGUUCGUAUUCAAGAGAAGGAAAAAGGAACUAGUAUAAAGGGAGGGGGGAAACAUGCAGUCGGCACACCACUAGUUCUCGCCAGUUUGGACGAAGAUCGAAAUGUCUAUAUAGUGGUUGGAACGGGUGGAGGCGGCGGAGUCAUCGACUUUGCCGCCAUGGCCAAACGACGUGAGGAGCAGCGAAAGAAGAGAGAAGCACGAGAAAAGAAAAAGGCCGAACGAGAAGAGCGACGAGCCAAAAAGAGAGCAGAGAUGGAGGAAGACGACGAUGAACUGGCCGAGGAAGCAGAAUCCUCUGAGUCCGAGUCCGAGUCAGACUCGGAAUCGGAGCCAGAUUUGGACAGCUUCAGCAGCAAAAACCUGGUUCGAAACCGUUUCGGUAUAGCAUUCCAAGAGGUUGUUCAUGAGACCAAUGCGAGAGUGCGAAUAGACAGCUUCGAGCAUUGUGUGGUAGAAGUACAGAAAGAGGACUUGGGAGCAUUCUUAGAAGCACUCAGCUUCAGGAGUGUCGUUGGAUGA